GUGUGAGUAAGUGGGUGAGUGAGAGCCCCGGGCGGGCGGACGGUCGGUCAGUGCGGCGGAGCAGUGCGUGAGAGGCGGCGUGUGAUACAGGCAUCGUGAGCCGGCGGGGAGUCCGAUCUCGGCCGGUGCAUCCCAGCGGGCUGUCAGCCCGCCAGCGGCGGUCGCCUGCCGCCAGGUGACCCGGUGCGGGUGAGAGCGUGUCCCCCCGGGUCGGGGUGCAGCAUGCCCGCAGCGGGGCCCCCGCUCCAGCCCCAGCCCACAUCAUGAGGAGCGCAGCGCUGCUGUUGGCUGUGCAAUGGCUGUGGAGCACGGCGCUGGCGGCGACGAGCCACGACUCGGAGUCGGUCCUUUCGGCGGAGACAGAGGCGGAGAUCGAGGUGGUUCAGUAUCGGCAGGGUCAGGACGGCGUGGUGGCGAGCAACAGCACCCUCCGCCUCCUGGGACACUUCGCCGGAGCUGGGAUGAGAGUGGCGGCCGAGGGCAAGUUGCUGCAGUUUCAUCCUCUGUGGCUAUGUAAUACCAGUGAAGAUGAACAACAAGACUAUGGCUUUGUCAGUAUGAUCAAACUGGAGAGACCUGAUCGAGACCCACAUCCUUGUCUCUCACUCUUCAACAAGGCCAAAUUUGCUAUUCAGAGAGGUGCCACCGCAGUGAUCUUCGAUGUAACUGAUGAUUCAAGUGCCGUGGGUCAGCUAAAACAGAAUCCAGAAGAUCUGUUGCCUCGCCCUGUCAUCCUGAUCCAAGGCCUGGAUGCUGCCCAACUGAUGAAUGUUAUCAACACCAAUGGUGAAGCAGUGGUCAGGAUUCAUGUUAAGAAUGACAUGGUGGGUCGGCCAGCCUAUGAUGUGGGAAUCUUAAUGACUCUGAUUGUUGCUUUCUCAGUUGUUGUCAUGAUCCUGGCGGUGAGGAUCAAGUGCAAGCAGAAUCGAACUCGGAAUUCCUUGCAGCAGCAGACGAUCAAUGCAAUCAGCCGGCUUGCCACACGCCGUUACCGGUCACGGUGCCGCCCUCUGGGUCACGAACGCCAGAGCAGCCUGGAUUCCCAGGCCAGUAGCAUGUCAGAGCCCGUGUGUGCCAUCUGUCUGGAGGAGUUUGCUGAGGGGCAGGAUCUACGGAUAAUAUCGUGUUUCCAUGAAUUUCACAAGGAAUGUGUGGAUCCCUGGCUGCUUCAACAUCGCACCUGCCCCCUCUGCAUGUACAACAUCAUUGAAGGAAGUUCAACUAUUGCACAACAGGAAGUUCAUGACCAAGCCACACCAGCUGCUCAACUAAACCAGCGAAUCCACCUGUUCCGGCGAUACCCUGGCCACGCCCAUCUUCACAGACCGAACACUGCCGUUCCUUCCAGAGCACCUCAUCUGAACAAUCCCAGAACUCAGGGGAUACAGGUUGCUCCCUCCGGUCAUUACUUUGUUACACCGGAAGUCUACCCCGUGGGGUUUAACACCAUGCGAUAUGUCGCCGCCAGGCCACGGCAGCCUCUGGCGUUGCACAGGUGCAACUAUCGCCAUGGCGAAAGUCAGGGAGUUCCCUACCGGCACCAGAGACCCUUGGCGGUGAGGAAAGGUCCACCUUGGCCGGACAAGCCUCAUCAUGGACAGUUUCUGCAUAAACCUCCCUGCAAGCAGCAGCAACUUUCUGCAUGCAGUGUACCACUGUCCUCGCACAAGUCCAGCUGUGCUCCAUUACGCAUGCAGAUCACCAGCAACCAUGACAACCACAGCCUCUCAGGGGACAGUUUUGGUAUCAACUGUUCAGUGCGCAGUGGAUACCUGGCAGAUAGCCCAGGUAGCGACUCCAGCUCGGGUCCUUGCCACUGCUCCUCGAGCGAUUCCACACUGGACUGCACAGACAUCAGUAAUCGCUGUAUUUAUGGGAGCCAGUCAACGUUCCGCAGCUCUCUGAGCAGCGAGUAUGAUCCUCUUGUGUACUGUGGGGCAAGUGAAGAGAGUGUAAAGGCUUCAUCCUUUGAAGAGCCGAGGCCCAGGUCACUGGACUCGUCCAGUGGUCCUCAGGACGACCAUGUACUUAACCACACCCACUACCACCAUCACCGGCACCACCAUUACAGCGAUGCUCACCCAAGUCCGAAAGAUGAGCGUUGCAGGAGCAUGUCACAGAGACAGGAAAGCGAGCUGCUGGAGGACUACGUGGGUGACUUUCAGCAUUGCCAGCGUCAGGCGGAGCUUACCUGUCAAUCCCAGUGCAGCCCUUACCCUGCCCAGUGCCCCUGCUUGGAGCGGCACCUCUUGCUCCCCCCUGGACUUUGUCUUCCUGAGACCUCGCUACAAAAGGUGGAUGUGGAGAGGGACAAGAGCAAAGUAGCGUGUGCCAAACCUAAUCCAGUGCCUUCAGAAGCUAAAUCUAACCAGAGCAGCAAGAGGAGGAGGAGGAGAAGGAAAAGUAGUUUCCAGAUGGACCCUCCUGUGGUUUACUUCCGUCAGGACUGUGAUGCCCUGGAGGACUGUAGGGUGCACAUUCACUAUGGCAACAGUGGGAACCAGUGCCACCCUCCAAGCAUUCAGCCGUCAGUGCCAAUCCCUUUAGUCCUCAACAGCGGAGCCUCUAGUGAGUGGCCUUUCCCAUUCUGUGAGUGUCCAAACCCCCACUGUCAGCAGCCUCUGCAUCGGGUUGGUUCUGAGCCCACGUUGACUGGGGAGCAGCACAUGAGCAACAUGGAUCAAGGCUGCCCAUUUCAGGAUGGCCGUAGUGGAGGACACUGUGAUAGAGAACCAGUUCAAGAUAAGUCCUUCUACUGCCAGGCAUUCCCUGACAACACAGGUACCAAAUCAAAUGUGGAAGAGAUUUGUGAGGAAGCCGUGUAACUGAUGUGACAAAGAAAGCCACAGCAGGCAGGACACGAGGCAGAGGUGACAAGACCACGAAACUGGCAAGAUGAGGGGCAGGCAUGGAGAAGCCGUGUAUCUGCGGAUGAGAGUGGUACAUGCCUGGAGGAUGUGUGUAGCUGGUGGAUGAGGGUAGAGACGGACGGAGAAGCUGUGUAGCUGAGAGCAGGACGGGCGUGGAGAAGGUGGGCUCCAGCUGGAUGAGGGUGGUGAGAAGUGUGUAGAAGUCCUAUAGCGGGCAGAUGAGGGUGGGGGUACGUGGAGAAGUCGCAUGGCUGGAGGGAGGAGAUGGGAUUGGUGCAAAGGUGCCAUGCAGGAUGAAGAUGGGGGUGUGGAGUUGGUGGGGUGAGGGGGCUACACGUGGAGAGACCGUGUAUCUGGAAGGAUGAGUGUAGGGCUUUGCAUGAAGAAGUUGUGUGAUGUGCCGAUAAGGGUGAGGACCUGUGUGGAGAAUCCAUUUGGAUGGCAGGACGAGGAUGGGAAUACAUCUAAAGAAGCCAUGUAGCUGCUGGUACGAAGUGGGGACGGAUGUAGAGAAGCCGUGUAGUUGGCGGUAUGACGUGGGGAUAGGCGUGGAGAAGUAGUGUAGUUGGCAGCGUGGGCUGGGGACAGACAUGCAGAAGCCAUGUAGUUGGCGGUAUGACGGGAUAGGCGUGGAGAAGUGGUGUAGUUGGCAGCGUGAGGUGGGGACAAACACGUAGAUGCCGUGUAAUUGGUGGUACGAAGUGGGUGCAGGCAUGGAUAAGUCAUGUAGCUGAGGGUGUGAUGUGGGAACAGGCAUGGAGAAGCCACGUCGCUGGCAGGAAAACGCAUGAAUGGAAAAGACUGAUAUGAUGGAUUCAACUGGCAGGAUGAGGGGCAGGUCCAGUGUAGCUGUGUAGCUACAAGGCAAAGACCAAGUUAUUUCAAAAGUUUUAAAUAUUUGAUCCAGGACGUGAAUCUACAGAAGCAUCGCUUCGUGACAUUGGUGCUUGUAAUUUGUCAAUAUCCAUCUCCUUCAGGAAUACGAGUGUAUCUACAGCUGUUGGAGAGCCUUUGUCAAGGGAAUCUUCCAGGUUCUCUUUGUUUUCCAAAAUAGUCUAACACAUGGCAUAUUUCUAGCACUUGUCACCAGACCCUGACUGUCAGAUAGAAGCACUUAAAGACAAAUGUAUCUUGCAGGGCCUUGUAUUGACAAGGGCUCCACAGUAUAUUUUGGGUACUUUGUAUUAAGAAAAAAAUCUUUUUAAAGUGUUGUAUUAUAUUUGUAUAGAAAGUCAUUGCAUUAUGAUAAUAUGUUCUUAAUAUAUUUAUUUACUAAUAUAUUUAUCCUCUACCAGGGUGUGUAAUGUAAAGUGCCUUAUAAAUGAUCAGUGCUGUCACUAACCUGAUGGUCUGGCCCUAUUCAGAUUAUGCUCCAAUAAAUUAUUUUCAAUUAC